UAAAAAAAAAGAGACAAAGGGCAGUCAGUACAAGACAUUCAGAGAUAGUUUUCAUACAAUAUUUUCACAUCUUAAACCCAGACUCUGGAAUUGGAAGCAACACGAUGGUUGAUAACUCCAAGGCCGUGGAACACGUCACCAGCUGGUACUCCAGCUUAUACAAUUCCAUUAAACAAACGCCCAUCAAUGUCACUCUUCUGAUUAUAUCGACCAUCGUGUUCUACAAGGUGGCGAGUAUUAGCCGACGUCUGAGUCGACAUCGUAAGGAUCGGGAUCAGGCCAAGGCACCAGGUGCAGCUGACUUCUGUGAGGAUGAUGGCCAGGAGAAAGCGGAUGUGGAUCUUCCGCCCCUGCGGCAGGACUUUACGGUUCCGGAACUUCGGGAAUAUGACGGCACCCGUGCGGAUGGUCGCAUUCUGGUGGCCGUCAACUUUAAUAUUUACGAUGUGUCGCGAUCCGAGCAUUACUAUGGGCGAAAUGGCGUUAAUCCAAACUAUGCCGGUCGGGAUAUUUCGCGGCAUUUGAUCAAUUUACCGGUGAACUUGAAUGCCAGCGAGGAUUUUGAUGAUUUGAGUGACCUCUCAAACGGCCAAAUGAACACUUUGCGGGAGUGGGAACAGCAGUACAAUGAAAAGUACCCGUUUGUUGGAAAACUUAAGGAGGAACCACACAUAAAUUAUACCAACGAGGCGGAUUUGGAGUUGGAUACAGCGGAUUAUAUAUGACUCUCUUUCCGAAUUAUGCGCAUUGAUCCAAUAAUAAUAGUAUCCAUAAUAAAAAUAAUGUAGGCCCAGAAAA